CAGUGCCUGGCAGGAGCCCACAGCUUCAGAUCCUGCAACGCCGACAAUGACGCGUGUGGGAGAUGGUCGACAAAACUGAGUCUCCUCCAUAAAGCAGACGACGUCUGCGGUGGGAAAUGAGUGCACUGGACUCAGAGGGAAUUCUUUGGCUUCGCCGAUCGAGCUUCGCUUGAUUGAGGGUGUUGGAUUCCUUUUAACUGUCUGAGGAUUGCAAACACACCGGUUUGUUUCUGCAAGAUGUUUUGAGCGCCAAGAGGGUUGAGAGAGAGAGAGGGAGAGACGUUGGCUGGCUGUUGGAGGGGGUUCUUACUGCGCACACAAGCGGCUCGCCUCCUCUACCCCACAACAACAACAAAAACACACAGAGGCGAUAGUGAAGGAGCGAGGGAACGCGGAGAAGUGUUGGUGUUGAAAUCUGGAAAUAUACGGCGCUAAAAUGACGAUGUCCGUCCCGGAGAGGAAGUCAGGAUCGGAGGGAAAGGAGGAGGAGAGUGAGGAUGAGAGCGAGAUCCUGGAGGAGAGCCCCUGCGGCCGCUGGCAGAAACGGAAAGAGCAGGUCAGUCAAGGUAAUGUUCCAGGUGUGGAAAGUGCCUCUUUGGCCAUGGACACGGAGGAAGGAGUGGAGGUGGUGUGGAAUGAAGUACUCUUCUUAGACAAGAAAGUCUUUAAAGCACAAGAGGAGAAGAUCAAGGAGAUGUUUGAGAACCUGAUGCAGGUCGAACACCCCAACAUUGUCAAGUUCCACAAGUACUGGCUGGACAUGAAGGAGAGCCAGGCUCGAGUUAUAUUCAUCACUGAAUACAUGUCGUCAGGCAGCCUCAAGCAGUUCCUGAAGAAAACCAAGAAAAACCACAAGACUAUGAAUGUGAAGGCCUGGAAGAGAUGGUGCACACAGAUUCUCUCUGCGCUUAGUUAUCUGCACUCUUGCGAUCCACCGAUAAUCCAUGGAAACCUGACUUGUGACACCAUCUUCAUCCAGCACAACGGCCUCAUCAAGAUUGGCUCAGUGUGGCAUCGGCUAUUUGUUAAUGUUUUCCCAGAUGCAAGUGUUCACAGCAAAGCGAGGCAACAUCGCGACGAGCAGAGAAAUCUUCAUUUCUUUGCUCCAGAAUACGGAGCUGGCGAAGAUGGUUACGCCAUAGACAUUUUCUCCUUUGGAAUCUGUGCUCUGGAGAUGGCUGUGCUGGAGAUCCAGGCCAAUGGAGAUAGUGCUGUGUCCAAGGAGGCCAUAGUCAAUGCAGGUCAAUCUCUGGAAGACCCUCUCAUGAGAGAGUUCACCCAGUCUUGUUUGCAUCACGACUCCAAGCUCCGUCCUACAGCUCACGACCUCUUGUUCCACCGAGUCUUGUUCGAGGUCCACUCGCUCAAACUGCUCGCCGCCCAUUGCCUCAUCAACAACCAGUACUUGCUUCCAGAGAACUGUGUGGAGGAGAAAACCAAGUCAUUUGACCCCAAUGCUGUCAUGGCAGAGAUUAAACAUGAAGACAGACAGGGAGUUCAGCUCAAGUAUUCCCACGUGUCCCCAUUGGAACUUGACAAGUUUCUAGAGGAUGUCAAGAAUGGAAUCUACCCAUUGAUGAAUUUUGCCUCAACGCGGCCUCACCCCGUCCCCCGAGCGCUCUCCUUGUCUCAGGAGCAGGUUGAAACGGUCAAGACGCCGACUCCUGAACCCCAGGAGACGGAGACAAGGAAGGUAGUUCAGAUGCACUGUAAUUUGGAGUCAAAUGAAGAAGGGACCAAAACUCAUCUCUCUUUGUUUCUGAAGAUGGAUGAUAAACUUCACAGGCAGCUCAGCUGCGACAUCCUUCCAACUGACACCUCCAAAGACCUCGCCAGUGAACUUGUUCACUACGCCUUCAUAAAUGAGGAGGACAGUGAGAAGGUGGCGGGGUUCCUGGAGAAUGCCAUCAAACAACACCGGGUCCGAGCACUCGCUUCUGGGAGCACGCAAUGAGGAGGGGUCCCGACAGGCUCUGGCCCAGAUGGAGGGUCCCGGGGCAUUGAUCACUCAGAUGGAGAGAGAGCAAGAGAGGGCAGCGGGUAGGACGAGACAGCCGUGGACCUGAGGAAGCACAGGGAGCUGACCCAAUGGGGAAUAAAAAAAAAGGGACAAACACAGAUGGAUGCUGCACCUUGACAGACAGUAAAUCAUCUCAGUGAGAAGGCGCCUCUGGCUGGAGGACCAGAGGAAUCACGGCUGCGUCCAGCAACCCCACAGAGCAGAGGAAGAUUGACAAACUCCCUGCCUAAAAGGGCUAUCAUGCCUUAAGAUAUCUUACAAUCUUAGGUUUUCCAUAAUGCCACUAUCCAGAGCAGAUAUGUUAUACUCACAGAUGCAGCAACUACAUACUACUACAUACAAACAGACAUUUUGUUCCUCAAAGCCUCAUUUGCACACUUUUAUUGCUGAUUAAACCUCCCUCUCCCUCACAAGCCAGAACCUUCAGUUCACAAGAGUUUUAGGGAAUUUAAGAUUCCGUCUUAUGUGCACUGUUGAUACCCAUUCAGCUGACUUUUUUUUUCUUCUGUUUAACUGUGAACAGGACAUGCAUUGCACAAAUGUUUAUUUUUCUUUGUUCUACACCUUCAAAGUGACACACCUCACUGCACUCUCCGACUGAAUGCUAUCUCCACACAGCUAAACAUGCUACGCCUGAAUGAGGUGAUAAGUAAUGAGAUGAUGCCUCUCUGUUUUAGCCUGUAGUGCUCUUACAGGUUUUCCACCGUGAAAGCCAAAGACUUGCAAAGUGCCUGUUAUGGCAGUGAAAUGGCAUCACCCACAACUUAGCAAUUAACACGUUCAGGUUGACUUUAGUCUUAAAACAAGAUCAACUUUGCAAUUCUUUAUUAUUAGUCCACAAAUUCAGCCUGUGUGGAAGUGAAGAGGAAGUCGAGGCUGAGUAAUGGAAGCUUGAUUAAGAGCUGCAGCCUUUUUUAUUGGACUUAUGGAUAAGAUGGUUAUGGUCUCUGCUGCCGUCAAUAUUAGUAGCCUGUGUACAAAAAUUGGAAUAAAUCUACGUGUGAUUUGAAAGCGUAGUCUUACUUAAACAGGAGCAAAGCUGUGACUAUCUGAUGUUAAAAUUAAUUAUUAAAAAAUUGCCAUUUUGUUUAUUAAUAUUCCUGCUAUAGUUACUAUUAUUGUAUUUCCCAAACCAUUUGAAAAUAUUAGUACAUGAAUUUUGUUUUGUAAAUAUUUCCGUAGAUCUUUCAAAGGUGAAAUCCACCCAAAUCAUUAGAAUUUGUUUUUCCUGUGAGGUUUUCAUGGACUCCAGAUGUUACAGCAGGUGAUGAGAAACUGAAUUAUUUUCCUUUGCAUGUUUUUAUUUCCCAGAACCCCAUCUACUCUAGUUUUAUUUCACACAGUUCUGGUGUGAAAUGUGAAAACGAUGGCACUGCAACCCACACAAAGACAAAAAUAGAGCUGGCUGUGCAUCAGUGCCUGAUUUUUUUUUAUUUUUUUUAUCAAGAACCUGGUCUCUGAAACAUAAAAAGCUGCCAUUUGGGUGGAUUACUCCUUAAUAAAACUGUAGUAAAAAACAGUAGUGAUCAUCAGCAAAAUACUGUUGUCACGUUUUACAUAGCUCUGCGUCAUUUGUUUUAUGGGUUUGUGAGGUUGCAGUUUCAUAACAGUUACACUGCUGUACAGUCAUUGCCUACAAUACUUACUAUACUCUGUGUCGAGCCUACUUAUCAGUAUGUCUCUGAAGACAGGAGCCCUGAAGCCUCCCAGACAGUCACCUGCUACAGGCUGUGGUGUACAUAUUUGUUUGUGGCUAUCAAAAGAGGCGUAUGUUGGACAACACAAAGCAGUGCCACUAUUGCUCUUGUUUGAUCCUAGUAAGCUGCAUGUCUUAAAAGCCUGCAACCGUCCAGAACUGCAUUUUGCCUUUGUCAGUCACAGUUCAGUUCCAGAGAGGACCUGACCAUGAAAAUGAAUGUUUAGACUGUGCAAACAUGGAAAAAAAACAAACCCUUCCAUAUCAGUCUUAUUUUACGUCAAAUGACUUCUUCUUUUUUUAUUUCUGUGACUCUGUUGAAUAAAACUUGCCUUCGGAUGUGUUCUACUUAAACCUUUGGUAAAUAUUGUAGCUACUGCAAUUAAAUACAUGACAAUAAACAAGAUGUAAUAUGCUG